GGCCUUGGCUUGGUAAACCGAAGAAACUUCACGAUUCUCCUUUUGCCGACUUUGUUCGUUUCAACUCCAAGAAAUACAUAGCAUACAUGCUCACGCACACACACAUACACUGUCUGUGUAGACGAUGAUGUGUGAAUAGGGUUGGGGAAUCAUAUAUCCUAUGUAGAAUCAGUCAUUGAUUUCGGAAACUUACGGAAUUCGGAAGAUGUUGGAGGAUCAGGUUGCGUAUCUGUUACAGAGAUAUUUGGGGAACUAUGUCAGAGGGCUCAACAAAGAAGCACUCAAGAUCAGCGUUUGGCGAGGUGACGUAGAGUUAACAAAUAUGCAACUGAAACCAGAGGCACUCAAUGCAUUGAAGUUACCUGUGAAGGUUAAGGCCGGGUUUCUUGGUUCGGUGAAGCUUAAGGUUCCAUGGAGCAGGCUUGGCCAAGAUCCUGUUUUGGUUUACCUGGAUCGCAUCUUUUUAUUAGCUGAGCCUGCAACCCAGGUCGAAGGAUCUAGUGAAGAUGCCAUCCAAGAAAUUAAGAAGAGUCGGAUACGAGAGAUGGAAAUGAAGUUGUUGGAGAGUCAACAACGGCUGAAUUCAGAAAUGAAUAAGUCUUGGCUUGGAUCUUUAAUCAAUACGGUGAUCGGGAAUUUAAAGCUUUCUAUAUCAAAUAUUCACAUCAGAUAUGAGGAUCUUGAGAGUAAUCCAGGCCAUCCUUUUGCAGCAGGCAUGACCUUGGAUAAACUCUCGGCUUUCACAGUUGAUGAUAAAGGAGAGGAGACGUUUGUAACAGGAGGUGCAUUGGAGCGAAUCCAGAAGUCUGUGGAACUUGAACGGAUAGCCAUUUAUUUGGAUUCUGAUAUCAGUCCUUGGCACAUUGAAAAGCCAUGGGAGGAUUUACUACCAUAUGAGUGGGGACAGAUUUUCAAAUUUGGUACGAAGGAUGGAAAACCUGCUGCUGAUUAUCUGGAAAAGCACUCUUAUCUAUUGCAACCAGUGAGUGGAGAUGCCAAGUAUUCAAAAGACCGUCCAGAUAUAUCCUCGAGAAAUGGUCAACCACUGCAGAGAGCUGCUGUAAAUCUUGAUGAUGUGACUCUGAGCUUGUCAAAGAGUGGUUAUCGUGAUCUGCUGAAAUUAGCUGAUAAUUUCACAGCCUUCAACCAGAGACUGAAAUAUGCUCACUACCGCCCACAUGUUUCUGUAAAACAUGAUCCGAGAUCUUGGUGGAAGUAUGCGUCUAGAGCAGGCUCUGAGCAAAUGAAGAAAGCCAGUGGAAAGAUGCCAUGGGAGCAAGUCCUACGAUAUGCAAGAUUACGGAAGAAAUACAUCACUCUCUAUGCUGCACUGCUCAAAUCAGAUCUUGACCGUGCUGUAGUUGAUGACCACAAAGACAUAGAGGAACUUGAUCGUGAACUUGAUAUUGCCAUCAUUCUUCAGUGGAGGAUGUUAGCCCAUAAAUUUGUGGAGCAAUCGGCUGGGUCAGAACUCUAUCUAAAGGAAAAAGCAAAAAAAUCAUGGUGGUCAUUUGGAUGGACCAGCCAACCUGUCAAAGAUGAAAAUGAACCAGGCACCCUGACUGAGGAAGAUUGGGAGAGAUUGAACAAUAUUAUUGGAUACAAAGAAGGUGAUGAUGAAGAGUUGUUGAUCCAUGACAAGGGGGAUUUGCCAUAUAUGUUAUUGAAGCUUCACAUGAAACAUAAUGCGUCAAAGCUAAUUGACUCUGAGGAGUGCCUUGCGGACUUAUCCUGUGAUAAUCUUGAAGGUUGCAUAAAACUUUAUUCAGAGGCCAAGGUUAUCAAUAUAAAAUUGGGAUCAUAUAGAUUAUUGUCCCCAAAUGGUCUUCUUGCUGAGAGUGAAAGUGUGUCUGAUUCUUUAGUUGGUGUCUUCUGUUAUAAACCACUUGAUGCAGACGUGGACUGGAGUUUGGUUGCUAAAGCUUCACCCUGUUAUGUGACUUAUUUGAAGGAUUCCAUCAAUCAAAUCAUUGACUUUUUCCAGACUAGUGCUACUGUAAGUCAAACGUUGGUACAGGAAACUGCUUCUGCAGUGCAGAUGACAAUUGAUGAAGUCAAGCGUACAGCAGCCAAACAAGUGAACAGGGCAUUGAAGGAUCGAACCAGGUUUGUCUUGGAUUUGGAUAUUGCUGCUCCCAAAAUUACCAUUCCUACUGACUUCUAUCCUGAUACUGUCCACCCUACCAAGCUUCUGAUUGACUUGGGAAAGUUAUUGAUUCGAUCUCAGGAUGAUGCUGAAUAUGCGUCACCCGAAGAGGCAAACAUGUACACCCAAUUUGAUUUGGUCUUGAGAGAUGUAUCUGCUUUCCUGGUUGAUGGUGACUAUAGCUGGAGCCAAGCUUCUCUAAGUAAACUUGAUGGUUCAUCCAAGUAUAGCUUUAUUAGUUUCCUACCAGUUAUUGAUAAGUGUGGAGUAUUUCUCAAGCUUCAGCAGAUUAGAUCACCGGUUGCUUCCUUCCCCUCAACGAGAGUUGCUAUGAGGCUACCCUCAAUAGGUCUUCAUUUUUCUCCAUCUCGUUAUCAUCGUUUAAUGCAAGUAGCUAAGAUUUUUCAAGGGGAGGAUGCGGACCAUCCUGAUCAUGUCUGUCCUUGGGAUGAAGCUGAUUUUGCAGGCUGGCUAUAUCAUCUUACAUGGAAGGGUGUUGGAGGUAGAGAAGCUGUGUGGCAGCGCAGAUACUUUUGUGUAGUUGGACCUUUUCUUUACAUCCUCGAAAACCCUGAGUCAAGAAAUUAUAAACAAUACUUCAGUCUACGAGGUAAACAGCUAUAUCAAGUUCCUCCUGAUUUUGUUGGAAAUGUGGAACAUGUACUCGCUGUAUGUGAUGCUGACCGUUCCUAUGUCAAGGUUGUGGAAGAUGUCAAUGCUCUAAUUUUGUGUUGUGACUCUGAAAAUUCAAGGAGGACUUGGCAAAGCUACCUUCAGGGAGCCAUUUAUCGUGCAUCGGGAGCUACUCCUGUUACUGGUCUAAUUGAAACCUUGUCGGAUUCAGAAGACUCUGAAGUUGAGAAUCGUGAUUCAGUGGAUGCAUCAAAGGUGGAGAAAUUUUUUUUGACUGGUGUACUGGAUGAGUUGAAGAUAAGUUUCAGUUAUAGCAGCAUGCGUGAUCCAAGUUUUAUGAAGCUGCUGCUUGCCGAGGAGAAGCGAUUACUUGAGUUUCGAGCAAUUGGUGGACAGGUUGAACUGUCGAUGAGAGCAGAUGAUAUUCUCAUUGGUACAGUUCUUAAAGCUUUGGAGAUAGUGGAUUUAGUUCGCCUCAACGGAACAUCCCAGAUCAGUUACCUAGCAAGAUCAUUCAUCAGGAAUGCAGAUCUACCUUCCUUAUUAGAUAAUAUUGAAAUUCCAACUCAAGCCAGUAAUGUUUUUAGCCAAGAUGAAGGAGAUGACGAGUUUUAUGAGGUGUCUGAGGAACUUAAUGAUUCAGUACCUGACUCACCAGGUGAUGAAAUGGAGUAUCUGAACUCUCGUAUUACCAAACAAGCAGAUAGCUCAGACUUGAAGGCCCCAAGUUUUACGCGUGUUGCUGGGCUACUGCCUUUUGAUGUGACUCAUACGGAAGCUGGUCAGAUGAGGGUUACUGAUGCAUUAGACAGUUUUGUGAAAGCUCAGAUAGUUAUUUUCGAUCAGAAUUCAUCACUUUAUUCCAACGUUGAUAAACAAGUGACAGUCACACUCUCUACCUUGUCAUUUUACUGUCGUAGGCCUACUAUACUAGCAAUCAUGGAAUUCGUAAAUGCUAUUAACACCCCGGAGGAUAGCUCUGAAACUUUAACUGAUACUCCUUCAACAGCUGUUGCACCAAAUGAUGUGUCCAAGGAAAAUGUGAAUGAUGGUCUGGCUUCAGCUCGAAUGGAAGAGCCUGUAGUUAAAUCAAUUCUAGGGAAGGGGAAAUCCAGAGUGAUUUUUUAUUUACUGUUGAAUAUGGCUCGUGCUGAGAUAUUCUUGAUGAAGGAAAAUGAUUCGAAACUUGCUACUUUGACUCAAGAUAAUUUUCUUACUGACAUUAAGGUGUUUCCUUCUUCUUUCAGAAUAAAAGCAUCCCUUGGAAAUCUCAGAAUAAGUGAUGACAGUCUCCGUGACAGUCAUAUGUAUUUCUGGGCCUGUGAUAUGAGGAAUCCUGGUGGAAAUUCAUUUGUCGAGCUGGUAUUUUGUUCCUAUAAUGCUGAUGAUGAAGAUUAUGAGGGUUACGACUACAGCCUCCAAGGGGAGCUGUCUGAAGUGCGAAUUGUCUAUUUGAAUCGCUUUGUUCAGGAGGUUAUCAGCUACUUUAUGGGUCUUGUUCCUAGUGAUUCCAAGGAUGUUAUCCAAGUAAAAGAUCAAGUGACAAAUUCAGAGAAGUGGCUUACAAGAAGUGAAAUUGAAGGAUCACCUGCAGUAAAGUUUGAUCUUUCACUUAAGAAGCCAAUCAUAGUAAUGCCUAAAAGAACAAAUAGCUCUGAUUAUUUGAAGCUUGAUGUUGUCCAAAUCACCGUCCAGAACACAUUUAAGUGGUUUGGUGGAAGCAAAACCGAAAUAAAUGCAGUACAUGUGGACAUUUUGAAAAUUCUUGUUGAAGAUAUCAACUUGAAUGUUGGCUCAGGAUCAGAAUUGGGUGAGAGCAUAAUUCAAGAUGUUAAGGGUGUUUCCUUUGUCAUUCGGAGGUCACUACGUGACUUAGUGCAUCAAAUUCCAAGUUUAGAAGUUGCUGUUACGAUUGAAGAACUCAAAGCAGCUUUAUCCAACAAAGAGUAUGAAAUAAUCAUCGAAUGUGCACAAGCUAAUAUUUCAGAGACCCCAAAUGUUAUGCCUCUACUGAAAGAUGAAGUCUUGUCCCCUUCAAUUGAUGUUGUGGGACACACUGGUAGUCAAUCUUUAGAUCCUGCAAAAGCUGAAAUUCAAGUGAGUGGAACGUGGGUCGCAACCAAGGUUUCUGUCCAUAUUAAUAUGGUUGAACUUUGUCUUCAUUAUGGUGUUUCGAGGGAUGCAUCUCUUGCCACUCUACAGGUGAGUGGAGUUUGGCUUUUGUACAAGUCUAAUAUGGUGGGGGAAGGUUUUCUAUCAGCUACACUGAAAGAUUUGGUGGUGGUUGAUGAUCGUGAAGGUACAGAAAAGGAGCUUAAAUUGGCCUUUGGAAAGCCUGAUGUAGAUGGACACAGUCCUUCACAAUCUGUGCCUGGAAACAUUGAUCAUAAUACUGUUGAGAGCAAUCCUUUGGCAAACAAUGCAAGAAAGUACACUCCAGCAAUUCUAAUUCUUGAUGCCAGAUUCCAUGAAAGUUCAACAUUCGUUUCCUUGUGCAUCCAGAGGCCACAAUUGCUUGUGGCACUUGAUUUUUUGCUUGCAGUUGUUGAGUUUUUUGUCCCAACUGUUCGUAGUGAUGUGUCAAAUGAUGAGAAUGCUAACUCUUCGCAUUUUCUGGACGCUAUUGUACUUGACCAGCCAAUUUUCUGCCAAGCCACUGCUGAAUUCUCAAUUUCACCUCAGAAACCUUUGGUUGCUGAUGAUGAAAGGUUUGAACAUUUUAUAUAUGAUGGAAGAGGUGGGACUUUGUACCUAAAAGACCGAUGGGGAUUAAAUCUCUCAUGUCCGAGUAUGGAAGCUUUAGUUUAUGUUGGAAAUGGAAAGAAACUGCAAUUCAGAAAUGUCACCAUCAGGAAUGGGGCGUACUUAGAUUCAUGCAUUUUACUGGGAGCCAAUAGUUGCUAUUCAGCUGAUGAGAAUGAUAACGUCUUUUUAGAGGGAGAAAAUGGAAGCCCUUCUGAUCGCAAUUCAGGAAGAAGCACUACUACUCAUGCAUCACAAAAUGCUGUUUCUAGCAGAUCGACAGAGUUGAUAUUUGAGUUACAGGCUAUUGGUCCUGAACUCACCUUCUACAAUAAAGCAAGAAAUGCAGGGCAACUUAUGCUCUCUAACAAACUGUUGCAUGCACAGAUGGAUGCAUUCUGCAGGCUUGUGUUGAAUGGGGAUACUGUUGAAAUGAGUGCUGAAGCUCAUGGUUUAACCAUGGAGAGUAAUGGAAUCACAAUUUUGGAGCCUUUUGAUGCAUCUAUAAAGAUCUCUAAUGCUUCUGGGAAAACUAGCAUACAGAUGGUUGCCUCUGACAUAUUCAUGAAUUUUACAUUCAGCAUCUUCAGACUAUUCCUGGCUGUUGAAGAGGAUAUUUUGUCAUUUUUAAGAACAACAUCAAAGAAAUCAACUGUUCUGUGCUCUGAGUUUGAUAGAGUUGGGAUGAUAAAAAAUCCUGUCAGUGACCAAGUAUAUGCAUUUUGGAGACCUCGUGCACCAACUGGUUUUGCUGUCCUCGGUGACUAUCUGACACCGACUGACAAGCCACCAACAAGAGGUGUAAUUGCUGUUAAUACUAGCUUAAUACGAGUGAAGAGACCAAAAUCUUUCACUCUGGUUUGGUCUCCUUCUUCAAAUGAUGUCCUUUGGGCUGAAGGUGUUGAUGGCUCUGAGUUGACUUCGGAUAAAGGUAGAUCCGAGGGGGGGACAAUGUGCUCGAUUUGGUUCCCUGAAGCCCCAAAAGGGUACGUAGCGCUGGGUUGUGUGGCUUCUCCAGGAAAUGCACAGCCUCCAAUUUCCUCAGUUUUCUGUGUCUUGGCAUCUUUAGUUUCUCCCUGUGGCCUCAGAGAUUGUAUCAGUAUUGGAUCAGGCUCUCGAUGUCCCAACUUGGCAUUUUGGCGGGUUGAUUUGAGUCUGACUCAGAGAGCAUAUGAGUUGCGUCAUUUGUUUUUUGGGUUUUCGGAAAUUUCUCCUGAAAAAUUGAAGAGCUCAGAGAAUGAAGCCUCUGCUUCUAUUGGCGAUGACACUGUCCAAUCGGAGAGGUCAUCAACUCUAAAUUCCAGACAGAGGUUUGAAGCUGUUGCUACCUUUCGGUUAAUCUGGUGGAAUCAAGGUUCUGGAUCAAGAAAGAAGUUAUCCAUCUGGCGUCCGGUAGUCCCUGAAGGAAUGGUAUAUUUUGGUGAUAUUGCAAUUCAAGGGUAUGAACCUCCAAAUGCUUGCAUUGUGCUUCAAGAUUCAGAAGGAUCUGAUCUGUAUAAAGCCCCUUCAGAUUUUCAGCUUAUUGGACAUAUUAAAAAACAAAGAAAAACGGAUAGUAUAUCCUUCUGGAUGCCCCAAGCUCCCCCAGGUUUCGUUACAUUAGGCUGUGUUGCUUGUAAAGGCACGCCUAAGCAAUCUGAUUUCAGCUCCUUCAGGUGCAUUCGGGCUGAUAUGAUCUCAACAGAUCAGUUUUUGGAUGAGAGUAUAUGGGACACAUCCGACACCAAGUUCACAAAAGAGCCAUUUAGUAUAUGGACAGUUGGUAAUGAAUUGGGAACCUUCAUUGUUUGGAGUGGUUUCAAGAAACCUCCUAAGAGGUUUGCUUUGAAGCUCAUUGGUCCAGACAUAUCAAGUGGUUCAGAUGAUACUGUGAUUGAUACAGAAAUAAGAACCUUCUCCGCAGCUCUUUUUGAUGAUUAUGGUGGCCUGAUGGUUCCACUAUGUAAUGUAUCAUUGAGUGGUGUAGGAUUCAGCUUGCGUGGAAGACCUGAUUGCUUGAAUUCCAGCAUGAUGUUCUCUUUAGCUGCUAGGUCAUACAAUGAUAAAUAUGAGUCAUGGGAGCCUCUUAUUGAACCAGUUGAAGGAUCAUUGAGGUACCAAAGUAGUCCUACUGCUCCUGGUGUAGCUUCUCAGCUACGAAUUACUUCUACUAGAGAUCUGAAUUUGAAUAUGUCUGUUUCCAAUGCCAAUAUGAUUUUACAAGCCUAUGCAAGCUGGAAUAAUCUCAACCAUGUCCAAGAAUCAUGUGAGGAAGCAAGUUCUCCGAAUAUUGAUGGCAGAUGGAUGGCUACUGUUCAUCAAAGAAAAAAUUACUACAUUGUUCCCCAGAAUAAACUUGGGAAGGACAUUUUUAUCAGGGCUUCUGAAUUAAAAGGACUUCCCAGUAUAAUCAGAAUGCCAGCAGGAGAUAGGAAGACUCUAAAAAUGCCGGUUCCAGACAACAUGCUGGAUUCUCAUCUGAAAGGAGGUCUUCUUAAGAAACUCCCAGUGAUGUUAACUAUUAUAGUAGCUGAAGCAGAGCUUCCCAAGCUUGAAGGCUUCUCCUCGCAGCAAUACAGUGUUGGAGUCCGUGUCUAUGAAGAUCAGAAUCACCCUAGUCAAUCAUACCUACACCAACAAAGUGCACGAACCUGUGGGUCUGGGUCAGAUGGCUCCGAAUCUUCCGAUGUUGAAUUUGUGAAGUGGAAUGAAGUAUUUUUUUUCAAAGUUGAUUCAAUGGACUGCUGCAUGCUGGAAUUCACUGUAAAUGAGAUGGGGAUAGGUGAGCCUGUUGGCUACUGUUGUUCUUCUUUGAAACAGCUGACUGGAUUUCAAGGCAACACUGACUCUAAUAAUUAUCAAAAUGAAUUUAUUUGGAUAGAUUUGUGCUCUCGUGAAACCAAGCUGGAUGCCAGAUGCAGAAGUCUUGGUCGAAUCAAAUGUGCAGUGCUCCUGCCUCCUAGAUCUGAAACCGAACAUUUUGAGGAAUUAUUUAAUGGAUACAGAAGAUCUGGUUCAAUUCAGAUUAGUCCGACUGAGGAUGGACCAUGGACCACUCUGAGGUUAAACUAUGGCGCACCUGCUGCUUGUUGGCGAUUAGGCAAUGAUGUAGUUGCAAGUGAAGUGAGUGUAAAUGAUGGGAACAGAUAUGUCAACCUCAGAUCUUUGGUAUCAGUUCGUAAUAACACUGACUUUACUCUAGAGUUAUGCCUCAAGCAUAAGGCUGCAAAUGGAGUUGCAGAGUCAAUAAGUGGUGAGAGAAAGGAGGCUAAGUAUGAAGAAAGUUUUGCAACAGAUGAGCAUUUUGAAUCUCAGAAAUAUGAUAGCACUCUUGGUUGGGUCUCAAGUACUAACUUUGAGGGGAGAGCAUCUGCGCUUGAUUUGCCUGCAGGCUGGGAAUGGCUUGAUGAAUGGCAUGUAGAUAAUUCUGUCAAGAGACCUGAUGGAUGGGUUUAUGCUCCAGAUUCUGAAAGUUUAAAGUGGCCAGAAUCUUACAAUUCAUUGAAAUAUGUAAACUAUGCAAGGCAAAGGAGGUGGAUUAGGAACAGGAAACGAGCGGCUGAGGAUUUUAAAUCAGAGAUAAUUGUUGGGCCCCUAAAACCUGGAGAAACUAUACCUCUUCCUUUGCCUUGCCUAUCUCAGUCAGCCUUGUAUGUGUUGCACUUGAAACCCUUAAAUGUGGAGGCUGCUAAUCAAUAUUCAUGGAGUUCUGUGAUGGAUGUGUCUGCUCGGUCACAUCAGGCGGAGAGGUCAACAGAAAUUUCAGAAAUUUGUGUUUCUACUCUCACAGAGACAGAGAAGCUCUUAUAUUGUUCUGAAAUAAGUGGAAGCUCAUCAAGUAAUUUGCAUGCUAUGUGGUUCUGUUUGAGCACUCAAUCAACUGAAAUUGCAAAGGACAUUCAUUUUAAUCCAAUUCAGGAUUGGACAAUUGUGGUUAAGUCUCCUGUAUCAAUCACCAAUUAUCUCCCUCUUGUGGCUGAAAUUUCUCUUCUUGAGAUGCAAGCAAGCGGUCAUUUUCUUGCCUGCUAUAGAGGGGUAUUGGGUCCGGGUGAGACUGUCAAGGUGUACAAUGCUGACAUAAGAAACCCAUUGUACUUCUCUUUGCUUCCCCAAAAAGGAUGGCUGCCACAACACGAGGCCGUUCCCCUAUCUGAUUCUAACAAUUCACCAUCGAAGACAAUAAACUUAAGAAGUUCAGUUUCUGGAAGGAUUGUUCAAAUCAUUCUUGAGCAAAACUAUACCAAUGAAAGGCCUCUGCAGCCGAAAAUUGUCAAAGUCUUUUCCCCAUUUUGGUUUGGAAUUGCUAGAUGCCCACCACUUAGUUUCAGGCUUGUUGAUGUAAAUGCUAGAAGAUCAAAGAAGAAUCCACUUUCUCUUCAGACAAAGAAAGUGAAAGAAGUCGUCCUUGAGGAGAUUACUGAGGAGGAGAUACAUGAGGGUUACACAAUUGCAUCUGCAUUGAAUUUCAACUCUCUCGGUCUAUCUGCAUCUAUAGGCCAAUCUGGAGGAGAGCAGUUUGGGCCUGUUAAAGAUCUUUCCCCACUUGGGGCCAUGGAUGGCUCACUGGAUCUUUUUGCUUAUAAUGCUGACGGCAAUUGUAUGCAACUCUUUGUAUCUUCAAAACCUUGCCCCUACCAAUCUGUGCCAACAAAGGUAAUAUGUGUUCGACCAUUUAUUACUUUUACAAACAGAGUUGGUCAAAAUAUGUUUCUGAAGUUCAGCAGUGAAGAUGAACCUAAGAUUUUAUGGGUGUCUGAUUCAAGAGUCUCCUUUAUACACCAUAAAACAGAUGGACCAACUGAAAUUCAGGUACGAAUGCAUGAUUCGGAUUGGUCAUUUCCUAUUCAAAUAGUGAAGGAGGAUACUGUUACUUUGGUGCUGAAGAAACAUGAUGGUACAAGGAGAUUCUUACGAAUGGAAAUUCGAGGAUAUGAGGAAGGAUCCCGUUUUAUAGUCGUAUUCCGCCUUGGAUCAGCCAAUGGUCCUAUUAGGAUUGAGAACAGAACAAGAAACUGUACAGUAAGAUUUCGCCAAACUGGAUUUGGUGAAGAUGCUUGGAUUCAGUUACAGCCACUUUCAACAGCAAAAUUUUCUUGGGAGGAUCCAUAUGGCCAAAAAGUUAUUGAUACUGAGUUCUAUAGUGGCAAUGACACUGGGGUCCUCAAAUUUGAUUUGGACAAAGCUAGGUUCUCAUCUAUUGGUGACAACUCUGGUUUGUUUCUCCAUAUUGAAAAUAUAGGUGAUAUUAAGGUUGUUAAGUUUGUGAACAUAUAUGCACUACUUUCAACUCCAAAAGAAGGAAGUGGAUCUAUAGUGCUGGGCGGAAAUUCUCAUAUCCCGGGUAAGAUGCCAGAGCAAGGAUCUCCAUUAGAGCUUAUAGUAGAGUUGGGUGUGGUUGGUAUUUCUGUUGUGGACCACAGACCAAGAGAGUUGGUCUACUUAUACAUGGAGAAAUUCUUCAUAUCAUAUUUGACUGGCUAUGAUGGUGGGACUACAAGCAGGUUCAAACUUAUUCUCGGUUACAUCCAGCUAGACAAUCAGCUCCCCCUGACAGUAAUGCCUGUACUUCUAGCACCGGAACAGACUCCCGAUGUGCAUCAUCCAGUGUUCAAGAUGACUGUAACAGUACGCAAUGAAAACCUUGAUGGUCUCCAGAUUUACCCUUAUGUUUAUAUUCGGGUAAUUGAUAAAAGUUGGAGGCUUAGCAUCCAUGAGCCAAUCAUCUGGGCUUUGGUAGAUUUCUUCAACAAUCUCCAAUUAGAUCGCAUUCCUAAAAAUUCCAGCGUCACUCAAGUUGAUCCUGAAAUACGUGUAGACUUGAUUGACAUUUCUGAGGUGAGGCUGAAGGUCACUUUGGAGACUGCACCAGCUCAAAGGCCACACGGUCUUCUCGGUGUAUGGGGCCCUGUUCUUUCAGCUGUUGGGAAUGCAUUUAAAAUUCAGGUUCAUCUUCGGAAAGUGACGCACAGAGACAGAUUUCUGCGGAAGAGUGCUGUGAUAUCGGCCAUUGGAAACCGCAUAUGGAGAGAUCUUAUCCAUAAUCCGUUGCAUUUAAUUUUUUCUGUAGAUGUCCUUGGCAUGACAAGCUCCACUUUGGCGUCUCUUAGCAAAGGUUUUGCUGAGCUCUCAACUGAUGGGCAAUUUCUUCAGCUUCGUUCAAAGCAGGUGUGGUCAAGGAGGAUUACUGGUGUUGGUGAUGGAAUUGUACAAGGAACUGAAGCUCUUGCGCAAGGUUUUGCUUUUGGAGUGUCAGGAGUUGUGAGGAAACCUAUGGAGAGUGCUAGGCAGAAUGGUCUUCUUGGCCUUGCCCAUGGACUUGGACAAGCUUUCCUGGGAUUUUUUGUACAGCCAGUGAGUGGAGCAUUAGAUUUUUUCUCGUUGACUGUUGAUGGAAUCGGUGCAAGUUGCUCCAGGUUCUUAGAGAUUCUAAAUAACAAGAGAGACUUCCAGCGAAUACGGAACCCACGGGUAUUUCAUUCUGACAACGUACUACGAGAGUACUCGGAGAGAGAAGCACUUGGUCAGAUGAUACUUUACCUUGCAGAAGCAAGUCGGAAUUUUGGAUGUACUGAAAUAUUCAAAGAGCCAUCAAAAUUUGCCUGGUCAGAUUGCUAUGAAGAGCAUUUUGUUGUACCCUAUCACCGGAUUGUCUUAGUGACUAAUAGGCGAGUCAUGCUGCUGCAGUGUGUGGCCCCUGAUAAGAUGGAUAAGAAGCCCUGCAAAAUAAUGUGGGAUGUGCCAUGGGAAGAAGUGAUGGCACUGGAGUUGGCCAAAGCUGGCUACCCUAGCCCUUCUCAUUUAAUUAUCCAUCUGAAAAGCUUUAGGAGAGGUGAAAGCUUCGUUCGAGUGAUAAAGUGCAAUACAGAACAAAUAUCAGAGGAAGGACAGCCACAAGCAGUUAGAGUCUGCUCAGUUGUGCGUAAGAUGUGGAAAGCACACCAGACCUAUAUGAAACAGGUUCCCUCAGGCCAAAGACAUGUAUCUUCUUUGAAUGAAGUUGAUGCAACAGAAUCUCAUAAGCAGCACAGAGCCAUUAUCACAUCAGCAACGAUUUCUUCUUCAGGUUCCGUCUCCAAUGAGCAGAGACUUGUAGAACACAGUAUUAAUUUUGCAAGGAUUUGGAGCAGCGACAGAGAAUCAAAAGGUCGGUGCACAUUGUGCCGAAAACAGAGUUUGGACAGUGAUGAAAUUUGUAGCAUCUGGCGGCCAGUUUGUCCCGAUGGGUAUGUCUCAAUCGGGGACAUAGCUCGUUCUGGCAGCCAUCCUCCUAAUGUUGCUGCUAUAUAUCGUAAAUCUGAGAUGUUUGCCUUUCCAGUGGGUUAUGACCUGGUCUGGCGAAAUUGUUUAGAUGACUACAGAAGCCCCGUAUCAAUUUGGCAUCCUCGUGCGCCUCAGGGUUAUGUCGCUCUUGGAUGUGUUGCCGUGCCAAGUUUUUCUGAGCCAGAACUCGAUUCUGUGUACUGCAUUACCGAAUCUAUUUGUGAAGAAACAACGUUUGAACAGCAAAAGAUUUGGUCGGUACCCGACUCCUACCCAUGGGCGUGUCAUAUUUACCAAGUGCAUAGUGACCCACGGGAAGAAUCUGACUGGAAGCCUAAAAGGGUUAUUGAUAACCCACAGCUUUCAGGUCAAACAUCUGAUGCUCAAUAA